AUGUCGUCAUUGUCGUCAUUGAUUAACAAAGAGUAUGACAAAAAAAAAUUUGAAUUCGUUUCACAGCAUUUGUAUAACGAAGUAUACAGAGAAAGCUUACAUGUUAAUUCGAAAUUAAAAGAAGAACUUCAAGAAAGCAAUGACCAAUUCGAAAAACUUCAACGACAUGCUCUAAAUUCAGAAAAGCAAAAAUUAGAAGAAAGUCAAAGGCUUAAACAGUUACAAAAAAGUGAUGAGCAGUUAGAAAAAUAUCAACUACAUGUUCUAAAGUUAGAAAAGCAAAAAUUAGAAGAAAGUCAAAGGUUUAAACAGUUACAUGAGAAUCUUCAAGAAAAAAAUCGAGAAAUCACACGCAUUAAUUCCGAAUUAAAUGUAAGGCUACAAGAAAGUGAUGAGCAAUUAGAAAAGUUUCAACGAUAUGUUCUAAAUUUAGAACAGCAAAAAAUUGAAAUUAAAAAAAUAGUAUCACAAAAUUUAGAAAAAACUAUAAUUAAUGAGAAUGACAAUGGAAUUAAGAAAAUUAAUACGCCCUUAAUUAGUGAAGGCAAUGAACAGAAAGAUAGUUUCUUAAUUAAUAAUAAUAGUCAUAAACUUGCCAAACAAAUUGAACAUUCGUGGAGCUUAAAUGAUCAUGCAUGUAUUCGAAUCGUAAUUGGGUUAGACUUUGGAAUAUCUUACACUGGAUUUGCUUAUUGCCAUGUUAGCAGCAACGAGGAUAUAAUUUCACAUAACUCAUGGCCUGGAACUUUAGGGCAACUUAAAACUGAUGCUGUUCUUCAAUACGAUGAUGUUUAUGAUAAUGUAAUUUUGUGGGGUUUUCCAGCUUUAACUAAAAGAUCAUAUGGUCAAAAUGGAGGUAGAGAUAAUAAAACGAAACCGGUUCAAUUAUUUAAUUCACAUUUGAGCAAUUUACCGGAUAAGUUAAAACCGAAACUCCAAAUUGAAUAUAUAAAAGCUAUGACUGAUUAUCUUAGAGAAAUCGGAAUAGUGAUGAAGGAGACAAUUUCAACACGAUAUCCAGGAAUUAAUUUUUUGUCAAACAUAUUAUUAGUUGUUACAUGUCCUGAAGAAUAUUCGGAUAACGCAAAAGUGAUUAUGAGAGAAUGCGCGUUUAAAGCAGGGUUGAUUAAAGAUAAAUGUUCAAGGAAAUUGCAAUUAAUUACAGAAGCUGAAGCUGCAGCAAUAUAUUGUAUUUUUAGAGAGCACGAUCUGAAUAAAGUAGGAACACCUUUUAUGGUUGUCGAUUGUGAUGAAACAGUAAAUUUGACUAUUUUUAAACUUAAUAAUGAAAAAAAAGUGGAUCUAGUUACUAAAAAAUCUUACAAAUGUGGAAAUACUUUUAUUAAUUCUGAAUUUAUUAAAUACUUGCGUAAAAAGCUUGGUGAUAGACCUCUUAAUUUGUUAAGUGACAAUUAUUAUGUGCAGAUGCAAUAUUUAAUUCGAGAAUUUUCUCGACGGUGUAUAUUACCUUUUACGGGUGCAGAAAAAGACUUUACUUAUGAGUUGGAUAUUGAUGAAACAAUUCCUAUAGUAAAACGAUAUAUUUCUGAUGAGAGUAGAAAAUAUUUAGAAUCAAUUGAAUGGACAAUUGAGCUUGGUUCUAAUGACAUAAAGUCGAUCUUUGACCCUUUUAUCAAAAACUUAAUUCAGUUAAUUCAUACAGAACUCGAUAGAAGUCGGUAUAUGUGUUCAGAAUUGUUCUUAAUUGGAAGUUUUGGUGAAUCAAAAUAUUUACAGAACUCAAUGAAUAUUUCUGUUCCCACUAGAACAAUAGUUGCAACUGCACAAGGAGCCGUAAAGUAUGGAUUAUAUAAUUUAAAUUGUUAA